AAAAAAAAUGGAUUUGUGAACUGUAAUAUUUUGCUAUGAUGUUGAUGUUAGAUAUGAACUACGUUUAAAGUGCACUCAAAUUUAACGUAAUAUAAUAUACGCCAGUUGUAAGCGCUGUGCGCGAGCCAUGUUAGAUUCUAAUCUUAUAUAUACACAAUUCUGAAAUCCAUAGUAAAUAUUUAAAAACAUGGAGUUUUAUACUAAUAAAUUUAUGAGACCCCUCUUAUCGAAGUUCUUAAAGUUAAAUAAUAAAUUUAAUGUGAGAUAUUCUUCAAAAUAUUAUACAGUAGAUGACAAUAUCUUUGGACUAGACAAAGAACAGAAAGAGCUUCGACAAUUAAUAUUUAAUUUUGCACAAAAGGAGCUUGCUCCAAAAGCGGCUGAGAUCGAUAAAAAGAAUAAUUUCGACGACCUCCGUGAAUUUUGGAAGAAACUUGGCAAAUUAGGUUUAUUAGGAAUAACAGCAAAAUCUGAAUACGGUGGUACAGGUGGUACGUAUUUAGAUAAUAUUAUCGUUAUAGAGGAAUUGAGCAGGGCAUCAGGUGCCAUAGGUCUUAGUUAUGGCGCUCAUUCAAACUUGUGCAUUAAUCAAAUUCACAGAAAUGGGACGGAAGAGCAAAAGUACAAAUAUUUACCAAAGUUAUGUAGCGGAGAACAUAUCGGGGCACUUGCGAUGUCAGAAUCGACAUCUGGAUCUGACGUAAUUUCUAUGAAAUUGCAAGCCGAAAAAAAGGGUGACUACUACAUUUUAAACGGCCAUAAAUUUUGGAUCACAAAUGGCCCCGAUGCUGAUACUUUUGUCGUUUAUGCGAAAACGGAUCCAAAUGCGGCUAAACCGCAACACGGUGUUACGGCAUUUAUCAUAGAACGAGGUUUUGAAGGUUUUAGUACUGCUCAAAAGUUAGAUAAAUUAGGUAUGCGAGGUUCCAACACUGGUGAACUUGUAUUCGAAGAUUGUAAAGUUCCUGUUACAAAUAUACUCGGCGAAGUAAACAAAGGCGUUUACGUACUAUUUAGCGGUCUAGAUUUGGAACGACUAACAUUAUCAGCGGGGCCUUUAGGACUUAUUCAGGCUUGUUGCGACGUGGCAUUUGAUUAUGCACAUACGAGGACACAAUUUGGGAAACGAAUAGCAGAAUUUCAAAUGAUCCAAGAAAAAAUAGCAAAUAUGUAUACAAGUUUAAGUGUUUGUAGAAAUUAUUUGUAUUCUGUAGCUAGAUCUUGCGAUGCAGGAUAUAUAAACCGAAAAGAUUGUGCCGCGGUCAUACUUUACAUAGCCGAGUGUGCUACUAAUGCUGCAUUGAAUGCAAUUCAGAUACUUGGUGGAAAUGGCUACAUAAAUGAUUAUCCGACUGGAAGAUUUUUAAGAGACGCCAAAUUAUAUGAAAUUGGCGCUGGUACCAGUGAAAUUCGUCGAAUGGUAAUUAGUAGAGCGAUUAGCGAAGAAUAUUCAUAGACCUAAAUUUUAACACUCUUUUGAAUCUCUCGAAAGAAUUGUACUAAAUAAUUUGUAAAAAAUAAUGUAUAUUCUAUAUUAAAUUUGUAUAUCAGUUUGCAACAUUAA